AUGGCGGCCCUAGUAUUAAGUUGUAUGUUUAUUGGAUUAAUAAUACAUAUACAUUGUUAUAAUUUUGGAUAUAACAAUAGUUAUACCUGUCAUUGUUUAUAUAAUAAAAGAUGUGAUACUGUAACUAGUGUUUGUUAUAGUGAAUAUUAUAUUGUUAUAUAUUUAGGUUACAAUAUUUUGGAUAUAACAAUAGUUAUACCUGUCAUUGUUUAUAUAAUGAAAGGUUAUAAUUUUGGAUAUAACAAUGGUUAUACCUGUCAUUGUUUAUAUAAUGAAAGAUGUGAUACUGUAACUAUUUUUUGUUAUAACGAAUAUUAUAUUGUUAUAUUUACAGGUUAUAAUAUUUUGGAUAUAACAAUGGUUAUACCCUGUCAUUGUUUAUUUAAUGAAAGAUGUGAUACUGUAACUAGUGUUUGUUAUAACGAAUAUUAUAAUGUUAUAUUUUCAGGUUAUAAUUUCGGAUUUAACAAAAGUUAUAUCUGUCAUUGUCACAAUAAUAAAAGCUGUGAUGCUGUAACUGGUUUUUGCUAUAGUGGUUGUUUGAGAGGCUGGGGUGGACCUUCUUGUAAACAAGAGAAUAUAGCUUUAGAUUCUAAGUAUGUCUCUCAAAGUGGUAUAUUUAAAAAUGACAGAAGUCAAUAUGGUCCUGAACUAGUAGUAGAUGGAUAUACUGAUACAAAUAGAGAUACACAUUACUGUAGUGAUACUGAUUAUUCACCUUGGGCUUGGUGGUAUAUAGAUUUACAACAAGAGUAUUCUAUAGGUUUUUUAAAGACGUUUCAUAGAGAUGGUGACAUUUGUGCUACAGGAACGUAUGGUUCAGAAUGUAAUAAUUUCUGUCAUUGUUUGAACUAUGAUAAAUGUGAUGUUAUAACUGGUCAAUGUCCUAAUGGAUGUCAGACAGGAUGGUAUGGAGGUAGCUGUAAUACUAGUUGUUGGACUAUCAAUAAAUAUGGUUUAGGAUGUCAGAAGAACUGUAGUGCUAGACAAUGUUCUGGUAUCUCUGAGUGUAAUCAUGUAACAGGAGAGUGUAUCAAUGGUUGUAAUCCAGGAUAUCAGGGAAUUGAUUGUAGUCAAGUUUGUCCACGUGGUCAAUAUGGAGAUAGAUGUAAACAACGAUGUAACAAGAGACAUUGUAAAGAAUCACAACAACACUGUCAUCAUAUAACAGGACAAUGUACUGAUGGUUGUAAACCAGGUUAUAGAGGAGAAGAUUGUACAUUGAGUUGUCCAAAUGGUGCCUAUGGAGAUAAAUGUAGUAAACUAUGUAACAAUAGGCAUUGUAAAAGAUCACAAGAAUGUCAUCAUAUAACAGGACAAUGUACUGAUGGUUGUAAACCAGGUUAUAGAGGAGAAGAUUGUACAUUGAGUUGUCCAAAUGGUGCCUAUGGAGAUAAAUGUAGUAAACUAUGUAACAAUAGGCAUUGUAAAAGAUCACAAGAAUGUCAUCAUAUAACAGGACAAUGUACUGAUGGUUGUCAACCAGGUUAUAGAGGAUAUGAUUGUAUAUUGAGUUGUCAAAGUGGUAAAUAUGGAGAUAGAUGUAAUCAACGAUGUAACAAUAGGCAUGAGACAUUAAGGAUUGAUCAGGCUUUCAUUCGACUAGACAUAUUGGAAAGCUUUCAAGGAGAUUUCUGGAAAAAGUUGUAG